UUUGGUACUUCCACAUACAAUUGGAACAUUUGACAAACACCUGUGCUCUACAGAGGAAUUGGUAAACAAUAUGGUGUAGACACAGUUAGAAUGGCUAGAAUUAGGUCAUAUCUUUAAAUGUUCCAUAUUGGUUCAUCAGGAAAAACUAUAACAAGGAACGUAUAAUAGGCGUUAGUCUGACAAGCAAUAAGCAUUAUAAUUAAUCACAGUUCAGAAAUGAUGAUUUAUUUUCCUCAACAGAUUUUUUAAUGCGGCACGAAGUUGAGCUAUGGUAGUGACUGGAAAAGUGUGCCAGGAUAUCAUAACUCUUUCCCUAAUAAAUAUAAAUUCUGGUUUAUGAAAGUAUUUUUGUUAUUGAUAGAAGAGAAAAAACAACAUGUGCCGGAAAACAAAAUUUGAGUCCCUCGUACAAACCAUACCUCGUGCUGGUAGGUCCCGUAAGAAAUACUAAAAUCUGUUCCUGUAGCCACAUCUUGAGUAAAUUAUGCAGAGCUUUUUAUUACUAAAACAAUACUCCUCUAAGUGUACCUUCUGUGAAAGAAACGUCUGACAAAUUUCUGCACUUAAAGGUUUUAAAGUAUUUCAGCUACUGUUGAAAAGCAUGCUUUUUGAAGUUCGAAACAGGUAAGGCUGUUCGUUCGUAAGUUUUGUUUGUGAUGGUUAAAAGCGAAACAUGUACUCGGAGGGAAACAAGGUGUCGACAUAAGUCUGUGUACUUCUAGUCUAACUUAUUUUUGUCGUUUGAUUAUAGAAUCCGUUUGAGUACAUGGUUCAGAAAUUAAGAUAAACUAGAAGAAGGUAAGAGGGGCAUAUCAAGAACAGGCAUGACGCAAGGAUACUUUUCGCUUAGUAUUCCGGUGAUAACGAUUAAUAUGUUGGGUUAGCAAGUACACGGUAUACCUAGUGAGUAAAAUAGCUUAUAGAAGCAAAUUUUAAUACCGGUAUAUGGAUAUAGCGGAAACGUAUUAUCAAACCAGUGACAAUACAUCCUGCAAGAAUUAAAUACGUAAAGCGCGGAUCUAACUUUAUUUUGGACACCCCUCACAAUAUAUGCAUUCGUAUCAAAACUAAGAUGGAUUUUUAUUGAAUGUGUCAGCAAGUAAUAUAUGCUACGAAAUAUACGAUAUCUCUUCAUGUGUGCAACCGUCUCACUGAUUUAGAUUUCGCAUUCAAUGCAUGUGACGUUAAGAAUUUCAAAGAUUCUGAGUAGCUUUUUUAUGUUUAUAUAUAUAUAUAUAUAUGUAGCAUUUAAUCAAAGUAGCAGUUAGCACGACUGCUAGAUUGGAGAAGGCUUUCAGUAAGAGCAGCCCGCAUACAUGAGUUGCUAUUGCCUCUGCAGAAUCACUGAGAUAAUGCUUUAUCAGUGACAAACGUAAGCGAUCUAACUGAGCGAGUGUCCCACUUAGCUUGUAGUUUCUCCUAAUGCCAAGCCAUUCGUCAUCGGAAAAGUGGGAUCGUUUCAUCUGUUCAUCAGUCGUUUUGUUUAGUAGUUAAAUGGCGUCUACUGAAGAUAUAGUACUAACGUAUUUGCUGGAUCAAAAUCGGCCCUAUAGCAUGAAUGAUAUUUUACAGAACCUACGUCAGGCGGUUGGGAAAGCAGCCUUACUUCGUGACCUAAACGCGUUAGUUGAAAGUGACCUUAUUAUAGAAAAGACCUAUGGAAAACAGAAGAUUUAUUAUGCCAACCAAGAGAAGCUUGCAGAUGCAACACCGGAGCAGCUAGCUGAAAUGGAAAUCCAAUGUAUCAAUCAGGAGAGCCUUUAUAAAGCAUUUUUACAGGAAAAGCAGCAAGAAACACUUGAACUUCAGGCUCGGAUAAAAGUACUGCAAAAACAGUUCUCAACAAAAGAAUGCUUAGACCGCACCGAGGCGCUUCUUCGCGAAAACGAACAACUUCAGCGCAAGAUUCAGAAACUGCAAAUUAACGGUGCAGAGAAUAAUAACCAACAACACCGACUGCAGCUCGAAGAAUCAAGAAGACGAGGUGUAAUGGAACUACAAAGACGGCGUAAAAUUGCCGAAAAUAUUAUAAACCGCGUACUCGACAGCGGUUACCCUGAAACCAUGAAAGAGCUAACGGAAGAGCUUGGAUUAGAGAUCGAUUCGCCAGCGAAAUUUUCAUGAGUCCAAAUAGAGCCGCAAAAACGAAAAACGCAUUCACAGAAGAAUAUCAUCUAAGCAAAUAAUGCAAAUUCAAAAAAACUUAGGGAGGCAUAACAUUUAAUUAUAACAUAAACAUAAGCAAGUUCAUUGAAAUUUCUAUAUAGAUUAGUUAAUUAGACUAGCUAAAACAAGCCAGUGGAAGAUUGAAGCCAACGGAGUUUUGUCAAAUUUUAUAGGAUUUACAGAUUCCUUAUAAUAAUUGAGUAUUGUUUACUUAUGAAGCGAUCAAAUAUCAAUCAUCUCAAAAAUGGACUUGACACAUUUUCUAAUAUGGCAUAUUUCUUUAUAAUUGAGGUAAAAUAAAGUGAAAAUGAA